AUGAAAUUUCUCCUGAUUUUAUCCAGCCUGGUCCUUUUUGUGGCCCUCACUUCAGCCCAGAGUUGCCAAGGACGUCCCCAACGCCAAAACUGUUUGGGCGGCAGGGACGAAGGAGUUCGCCAUCUGCAUGGCUGCAAUAGUGAGCCCAAUGAUCUGAUGUGGUACUAUAACCAUCACACAAACGAAUGCUUCAGGAUGCAGUACCAUGGAUGUGGCGGCAAUUUCAACCGCUACUGCACUUUAAACGAAUGUCAAAGGCUUUGCGUUCAUCGAACAUAA